AUGUCAGAGUCCUCUACCUUAUCCCGCAUACCUGCGUGUAGGAAGUGUGCACUCAGCGCUCAUCUGGAGGGGAUGCGGGACAGGAUUGCGGCGGCAAAAUACCACAGGCUGGACGGUUGGGCAAAGGGUAGGGAUUUGCUUCCUGCAGCGCUGGAGGCUGAGGCCACUCCUGGCUCGCUGAUGGCCAGCCUUCAGGGUCCACACGGAGGUGACAGGAGAGCCUCAGAGGAGGACCUGGAGACGGGGAGGGCAGAGCCCCAUGCACCCGCCUUGGCUCGGGUCUCCCCGCCCUCUGCACAGGUCCGCUGGUACACGCUCCGGGAACACCUGGCCUCCGCGGUCUCACUCUUCCUGGAACCUUUGUGCCAGUGUGUCCUCACCUGCCUCCAAGUAGGGCGGGCCUCCUGCCCACAGCCUGGCGAUGUUGCCCCCUCUGCACUUCAGCCCUCACCCGAAGCCCUGAAGAACCUGUCCAGGAGAGCGAGAAUAUGCAGGCGGCACCACCAAGUGGCAGAGGUAGGCGGCUUGCAGGACACAGGGCUUUCAUCCAGAGAACAGCAAGAACUACUGAAGGAACUUAGCGAAGGAGAGCACGCCGCACCCCCGUGCGCCGCGCUCGCCACUGUCCUGUCUGCGGUCGCCGUCGCCUCGUGUCUGUACCUCGGGGCGAGGACCAACGACCUCCAGGCGAGGAUCGCUGCGCUGGAGUCCGCCAAGGGAGCCCCCACCGUCCGUCCGCUGCCCGACUCCCUGGAUCAGCUGAAGGCCCUGGUGCAGGAGAAGGUGGAGCGGCUUCUGGCCCAGAAAUCCUACGAGCAUAUGGCUAGAAUAAGAGUCUCGAGAGAAGCGCCCUCCGAGUGUAACUGCCCAGCAGGUCCUCCGGGGAAACGAGGGAAGAGGGGCCGAAGAGGAGAAUCUGGUCCCCCUGGUCAGCCUGGUCCUCAGGGCCCUCCUGGUCCAAAAGGUGAUAAGGGAGAACAAGGUGAUCAGGGACCUCGGGGUCUGCCUGGCUUCCCCACGGUCGCUGCCCUGCACAGCAACCAGAUCCUCACCGUCAAGGGUGACCAAGGGCAGGCUGGGCCCCCCGGACCCCCCGGCCCUCCAGGUCCCAGAGGGCCCCCCGGGGACACCGGGAAGGACGGCCCCCGCGGGAUGCCAGGAGUGCCUGGUGAACCAGGGAAACCCGGAGAACAAGGCUUAAUGGGUCCUCUGGGGCCUCCAGGACAAAAGGGUUCUCUUGGAGCACCAGGUAGUCCAGGGAUGAAUGGGCAAAAGGGUGAACCUGGGUCGCCUGGAGCUGCAGGACAGGAUGGGGCCCCUGGACCAGAGGGAGAACCUGGAAAACAAGGAGAAAAGGGAGAUGCUGGAGACAGUGGCCCCAAAGGUGACACAGGAGAAAAGGGUGAUCCUGGAUCAUCUGCUGCAGGAAUCAAGGGAGAACCGGGAGAAUCUGGUCGCCCAGGGCAAAAGGGUGAACCAGGGCUUCCUGGGCUUCCUGGACUUCCGGGGAUCAAGGGAGAACCAGGCUUCAUUGGUCCUCAAGGGGAACCAGGCUUACCAGGGUUACCAGGGACAAAAGGCGAACGUGGGGAGGCAGGACCCCCAGGAAGAGGGGAACGAGGGGAGCCCGGAGUCCCAGGGCCAAAGGGGAAACAAGGUGAAUCGGGAGCUAGAGGCCCAAAGGGGUCAAAGGGUGACCGUGGAGACAAAGGGGACUCUGGAGCUCUGGGACUAAGGGGCCCACCAGGGCAAAAAGGGGAUCCAGGAGCCACGGAGAUCAUAGACUACAAUGGCAACCUCCACGAAGCCUUACAGAGGAUUACCACCCUAACUGUCACGGGUCCCCCUGGGCCUCCUGGACCUCAAGGACUACAAGGGCCAAAGGGCGAUCCAGGGUCUCCAGGAACCCCAGGAGCUGAUGGAGAGCAGGGACUCAAAGGCUCAAAGGGAGACACAGGGGACCCAGGUGUGCCAGGUGAAAAAGGAGGAAUUGGACUUCCUGGAUUACCGGGUGCCAAUGGGGUGAAAGGAGAAAAGGGAGACUCCGGACUGCCGGGCCCUCAGGGUCCUUCCAUCAUAGGCCCACCAGGCCCCCCGGGUCCCCACGGUCCUCCUGGCCCCAUGGGCCCCCAUGGGCUUCCUGGACCCAAGGGUGAACCAGGGUUAAAUGGUGUUAAAGGAUUGAAGGGUGAACCAGGUCAAAAGGGUGACAGAGGACCCCUUGGCCUUCCAGGAGCAUCUGGCUUAGACGGGAAGCCAGGAUCCCGGGGUACAGAUGGUCCUAUGGGACCCCAUGGCCCCGCCGGUCCCAAAGGAGAAAGAGGAGAAAAAGGAGCCGCGGGAGAGCCAGGACCCAGAGGGCCCUACGGCCUGCCUGGGAAAGAUGGAGAGCCUGGUCUUGAUGGCUUCCCUGGUCCAAGAGGCGAGAAGGGCGACCUAGGAGAAAAGGGAGAGAAGGGAUUCCGUGGCGUUAAGGGGGAAAAAGGGGAGCCAGGCCAGCCUGGCUUGGACGGGCUGGAUGCCCCUUGCCAAUUGGGCCCAGAUGGAUUACCCAUGCCUGGCUGCUGGCAAAAGCCGCCUGCAGUCACUUGUGUGUGCGGUGAGGACGCGAACACGUCCUGUAUAGAAACCCGCCUGGUGCACAGUCUGUGUGGUAAGCUCUUUCGUACAGGGGCAUCCAUCCUUUCAUCCAAGCCAUGCAGGAGCCUGCAGCUGAGGAAACAGCAAGUCAGGGAAGCAGAGGAGCUUCCAAGAGCCGGGGGAGUAUGUGGCGGACGCUGGAGCAAGGCACAGGGCGGGCAGUGGAGGACAAUGGCAGAACGGGAGGCAGAGAAGAGGCGAGCACAUGUCGUGGGCCCCAGGGACACCGAGUCUCCUGCUCAGGGUGGCGUGAGCCUGACCCUCGCAAUGGGCAAAUGGUCCUGAAGGACAGCAAGCCCAAGGAAGGGCGCCGAGCUCCAGGACAUGGACACGCGCUUUGGUCCCUGGAAUUACUGUUUUUCUCAGCAUCUUAGGUCUCACUCCAUAAUCCUGGACAAGUGUGCUUCCCUGGAAAAUUUGUGACAAACGGUGGAGUCAGAAACAGACUCUGGCUUGCCCUGGACGUCAGCGACUCCACCCGUGAGGAAGUCCUGCCCAAUCCUCCUGCUUCACCGGCUGCCCUACUUGGCUCUUGCUGCCACGUCGCUUAGUGGCUUCCCACACUCCGCUUUCAGCUUGGCAGGCGUCAUCUGGAUCACAACUGAGGCCAGGGCCCUGGGUCUGGGCCUCUCACAGCCACCUUCUCCGGAAAAACCAUCCUCGCAGCCCCGCAGGGCCCCCACAGGACCUGUAAAGCCCCCGGGACCAGACGCCACCUGCCCUCUGACUCGGUCACCCGCUAGCACAGUGCUUUGACCCUGACAUCUGCUCCCUCCCUGCAGGGAGAUGGGAAAGGCCCUGGCUGUGCUCAGAGCUCGGGCGCUGCUGCUAUGGCGGCCACCUCUGUAAGCGCCCAUCAUAGCAAGGCAGGCGAGACAGCAAGCCACACAGGAGUAUGAACAGGAAACAGAAGUCUCCCUUCUAUUUACUCGGUGUUCCAUAAAAUAUAUAUCAUUCUAUAUAAGAUAAAAGAUCUCAUGAAUCUAUCAACUUCUGAUACAGAAAAGAACUCUGAUAAAAUUUCAGGGUUGCUUACCACGCCCACAAGCCACAAAUGCAAAUCACUGAUCAAACACUUUCAACUCUCCCCGCCCCCAAGGAAAAGCAAAAAAAUAAAUGUUUUCAAAUUGCUGUUGUGGUGAACUUUGCCAUCUCUAAUAGGCUAGAUCAUUUUUUAAAUGCUAUAUAUUAAAGAUAAGGCCAACAAAGUGCUCUAAUGGGUCCCAUUUUACAUGGCCCAUCUUAUAAACGCUGCUGAGUUUUGUAUACUGUAAAACACACUGGCAAUGUCUGACUUAAGAUUCAGGGUGUGGAAGCGGCACCUCUGCGAUUACCAAGUCUUGGCCUGCUAUCUUCAAUAGUAAUUUUUUUCAUGCAAAACGAUUUGAUUUUUAAGAUACUUUCAGUCCAUUUCAUUUUCUAAGUUUAUCAACGUAGGAUUUGCUAAACUAGAACUGAAGUAUAAUGUAUCAGUUCACCCUGCAGUUAGGUAGUGAAUAAAUAGACUCUAUGAAGCAAACAUUCCACUGAGUUUAUAUCAUCCAUCUUCAGCCAGCAAUCGGAAACCAUUCUGUAGGGAGAGCACCUGGGGCCUCAUCUUCUAGGAAAGCCUUCAGCUUUCUAAUACUGCUUUAUACCUUCUGUUCCCAGGUAGGGCUGACAGAUUUGCGGUAGAAUCUUCCUAAAACCAAGCAACGGACUUUUCUAAAUGAGGUUUUCAAAUCGGUUGCAGGGGCUUUUAAAUUCUGUGCAUUUACAGAACACUGCUAUGGCAGUCACACUUGACAGGAUUUGAACUUUGAGAUGUGACGGUUUGGAAAAGGAAUGCUCCUCAGGGGCAGCACCUUGGGCCCUGAGAUGAUGUGCUGCCCACAAAUGCCAAGUAGCUGCCAUCCAGGAGGGCCAGAAAGUACACACGCUCCUGAGCAUUCCCAGUGGAGGAUCUGCUUGUCUUGGAGAGAGAGAAAAACAGAUAUUAACAGAAAGCUGCUUCUGGACUAGUCACCCGUAGGGGUGGAUGAAGAUCUAUCAUUCUGUCCCCCUUCUCUGCAUUUCAUUUUCCUUACUGACUUUUCCCAUGUAAGCCUCCAGCAAAUCCCCAAGGUCUGCUCUGUGAGUUUAUUCCUCAAAUGGCGCUCCUCUGCCUCUCGGAUUUGACUCCAGUUUAAGGAAAGCCCUCAUGAGGAAGCUGCUCAAAAUGAAAAGCCAGGGAUGUGUAGUGUCCUAGGCCAUGGCAGGACGGCCACACAGCUGUGGUCCUGACAACAGGUGGGUCUGCCCCGCCCAUUGUUCCGGAAAGAGGGGACUGGACAAAGGAAAGCAGAAUGGAGACUCGGAGGCCCCUGGGGCAUCAUACCCAGGCAGGUGCCAGGGACAUGGCCCUGUCCUGAGGCCCCAAACCUGAGCCUUCUCCACAGCUGGGUUGUGAUGCUUGAAGACUGUGGAAGGAACAAAUAAAAAAUGUAAUUUAGUGAUAGGAUUUCAUAGUACAUAUGUGAUGAAAUCCUAAUUUUCUGCUUUCCCAGCAAAGUUACUGAAGCAAGCACUUAUCACAAAAUUCUUAGGGGCCAAGAAAGAGUCAGCUAAACCUAGGAUAAAAAUUGUCAUGACAUCCAGGAAUUCAGAAAAGUAAGAUAUGGAGCUGGGGGGGGUGGUAUACACCAGCUACCUAGGGGGCAGAGGCCAGCCCGGACAACACAAGAACCCCAUCUCAAAAGUGAGUACAGCGACACACACAUCAAAUGCUUGAUUCCUCCACUGAUAAAAAGCCUCCAUUGACGGUUCUACCAGAUUUCUCGAAAUCAGUGUUAAUUUGGAGUUGUCAUCCAAGACUACUUACUAAUUCCAUAUAUUUGUGUGUGUGUGUGUUUGUCUG